AUGCUCUCGCCCCGGUUCGCGACGGUCCAGGUCUUUGCUCGCCUCUCUACGCAGCUGCUAGUUCGACGUUCACCCCAGGCAUCGUUCCCCUCGGUCCGCCUCUUCUCCUACACCUCGUUCGCCAUGGGUCAGGAACGCAAGCGUGUGGCCUCGGCCAAGGACGUCAGCGUCGGAAAGAUGAAGGAGUUCGUCUUCGCCGGCGAGGGUGAUGACGCCGUCAAGGUCCUCGUCUCCAACGUCGGCGGCACCCUCCACGCCACCUCGGCCAAGUGCACCCACUAUGGCGCGCCCCUCGCCAACGGCGUCCUCACCGGCGACGGCAGGAUCAUCUGCCCCUGGCACGGUGCCUGCUUCCAUGCCAAGAACGGCGACAUCGAGGACGCCCCCGCGCUCGACAGCCUCCUCAGCCUCCAGUGCGAGGUCGAGGGCGACGACCUCUUUGUCACGGCCGACGCCGAAAAGCUCAAGGGCAAGCCCGGCGUGGCUCCCAGCUGCAAGGGCGGCGCUCAGAGCGUCAAGCAGGGCAAGGGCGUCGUCAUCGUCGGUGGAGGCGCCGGCGCGAUCAAUUGCGUCGAGGAGCUCCGCAAGAACGGCCACCUCGGAUCAAUCACCAUCAUUUCGCCCGAAGAGGCCAUCAUCGACAGGACCAAGCUGAGCAAGGCGCUCAUCGCCGACGCCGACAAGGUUGCGUGGCGCAGCAAGUCGCACCUCAACAACGUCCUCGGCGUCCAGCUGCAGAACGCCACCGUCACCUCGGUCGACACAAAGGCCCAGUCGGUCACGCUCGACAACGGCUCCAAGGUCGAGUACGAGUCGCUCGUCCUCGCCACCGGAGGCACGCCCAAGAGGCUGCCGAUCGAUGGCGCUAAGCUGCCCAAUGUCCUCGUCCUGCGCCAGCUGCCCGACACCAAGGCCAUCAACGCCGCCGUCGGCAACGAGGAUGGCGACGAGUCCAAGCGGAAGAACGUCGUCGUGAUCGGGUCGAGCUUCAUCGGCAUGGAGGGCGCCAUCGCCCUGACGAAGCGCGCCAAGGUCACCGUCGUCGGCAUGGAGGAGUUCCCGCUGGAGAACGUGCUGGGUGCCGAGGUCGGCAAGGGCCUGAUGAAGGCCCAGGAAAAGAACGGCCUCAAGUUUGAGAUGAAGGCCUCGGUCUCGCAUAUCGAGGGCGACGAGGGCAAGGGCCCCAAGGCCGUCGUUAUCAAGAACUCGUCUGGCCAGCAGGUGUCGCUGCCCGCCGACGUCGUCAUCCUCGGUGUCGGCGUCAGCCCCGAGACCCGCUACCUCAAAGACUCGGGCUUCCAGCUGGAAAAGGACGGAGGCAUUGCCGUCGACUCGAAGCUCCGCGUCCCGGGCCACCAGAACGUCUUUGCCAUCGGCGACAUCGCCGCUUACCCGACCUCUGGCUCGCCGCACCAGAGAAUCGAGCACUGGAACGUCGCCUCCAACCACGGCCGCGCCGUUGCCAGAACCCUGUCGGGCGUCGAGACCGACUUUACCAAGACGCCCAUCUUCUGGUCGGCGCUGGGCUCGCAGCUGCGCUACUGCGGUAGCGGCGGUCCCAAGCACGACACCAUCUACGUCGACGGCAACCCCGAGGAGCUCAAGUUUGCGGCCUACUAUGCCAAGGGCAACGAUGUGGUGGCGGUGGCCACGAUGGGCGUCGACCCGCUCAUGGUGCAGUGCAGCGAGCUGCUCCGCAUCAAGGCCAUGCCCUCGCUCUCCGACAUUAAGGGCGGCAGGGACCCGCUCAGCAUCGACCUGUCUGCUCUCCCGGCAAAGAUCUAG